AUGGAAUCAGAUGGAGGUUUAUCAAGAUAUCAAAAAUUAGAGAAAUUAGGUGAAGGUACCUAUGGUAAAGUAUAUAAAGCAAAAGAAAAAGCAACUGGUAGAAUGGUUGCACUUAAAAAGAUUAGAUUAGAAGAUGAUGGUGUUCCAAGUACUGCUUUACGUGAAAUCUCUUUAUUAAAAGAAGUACCACAUCCAAAUGUUGUUAGUUUAUUUGAUGUACUUCAUUGUCAAAAUAGACUUUAUUUGGUAUUUGAAUAUUUAGAUCAAGAUUUAAAGAAAUAUAUGGAUUCCGUACCAGCAUUAUGUCCACAAUUGAUAAAGAGUUACCUUUAUCAAUUAUUGAAGGGUUUAGCAUACAGUCAUGGUCAUAGAAUUUUACAUAGAGAUUUGAAACCACAAAAUCUUUUAAUCGAUCGUCAAGGUGCAUUGAAAUUGGCUGAUUUUGGUUUAGCUCGUGCAGUUAGUAUUCCAGUACGUGUUUACACUCACGAGAUUGUAACCCUUUGGUAUCGUGCACCAGAGGUCUUAUUGGGUUCAAAAAGUUACUCUGUACCAGUCGAUAUGUGGUCUGUUGGUUGUAUCUUUGGUGAAAUGUUAAACAAAAAACCAUUGUUUAGUGGUGAUUGUGAAAUUGAUCAAAUCUUUAGAAUCUUUAGAGUUUUAGGUACUCCAGAUGAUUCAAUUUGGCCAGGUGUCACUAAACUUCCAGAAUAUGUUUCAACUUUCCCAAAUUGGCCAGGUCAACCAUAUAAUAAAAUUUUCCCAAGAUGUGAACCACUUGCAUUAGAUUUAAUUGCUAAAAUGCUUCAAUAUGAACCAUCAAAGAGAAUUUCAGCUAAAGAAGCACUUCUUCACCCAUAUUUUGGUGAUCUUGAUACUAGUUUUUUCUAA